GUUCCACAAAAAAUAAACCACAAAUAGGUAGUGAAUUUGGAAAAUGGAGGAGCCUAAACAAACGUUGUACAUCCGAGGUCUUCCCGAUAAAGUGUCCGCAAACGAGGUGAGGCGAUUGCUGUAUUUACACUGCACCCAGUAUGGCCCUGUUCAAGAAGUGCUGUACAAAAAAACUAGACAACAAUAUGGUCAGGCGUUCGUAGUAUUUACAGAUGUGGCUACAGCGACCACGGCACGCCGCUCACUACAUGACCGUUUAUUUUACAAUCGGAAGAUUCAGGUCUUUUAUUCUCAUAAGCAAUCCUUCUGCGUGGAUCCAGCAGAACGGAGAAAACGAGACAUUCUGAAAGAAAAACGCGGCUUACAGCGUUUGAAUGAAGCUCGAAGAUCGCUUAGCUAG